AUGGUCGGAAAGGACUGCGUUGCCAUAGCUUGCGACCUGCGACUGGGCAUGCAAGCGUUGACCGUGUCAAACAACUUCCCCAAGAUAUUCAACUAUGCACCCAGUGUCUUUCUCGGCUUGACGGGACUGGCGACCGAUGUACAAACAGUCAGUGACACCUUCCGGUACAAAGUCAACAUGUAUCGACUACGCGAAGAACGAAACAUUUCACCCCAGACACUGGCCAACCUGGUCAGCAGUUCACUGUACGAGCGGCGGUUUGGACCUUGGUUUGUGAGCCCAGUGCUUGCAGGGAUAAAUCACACAACGGGCAAACCGUUCAUCUGCGGGUUUGACAGUAUAGGCUGCAUUGACUUUGCAAAGGAUUUCAUCGUGGCGGGCACCGCGAGUGAUCAGCUGUUUGGAACGUGUGAAGGACUAUGGGAGCCGGAUUUGGAACCGGAGGACCUUUUUGAAACCAUUUCGCAAGCCCUACUGAACGCCGUGGAUCGAGAUGCCUUGUCAGGCUGGGGCGCACAUGUCUACAUCAUCGAGAAGGACAAGGUGACCAAGAGACUCCUGAAGGGGCGGCAAGACUAA